GAGGUCCAGUCAGACUCCAAGCUCGCCUUCAUCUCCGAGUCUCUCUGCAUUGGUUGCGGUAUUUGCCCCAAGAAAUGCCCGUUCUCCGCCAUUACUAUCAUCAACCUCCCUACAAAUCUCGAGUCGCAAGUCACCCAUCGAUACUCGGCCAACAGCUUCAAGCUUCACCGUCUGCCUAUGCCCCGUCCGGGCAAUGUCCUUGGUCUGGUUGGAACAAACGGUAUCGGAAAGUCGACUGCCCUGAAGAUUCUCAGUGGUAAGCUCAAGCCCAACUUGGGUCGUCACGACAACCCGCCCGACUGGGAAGAUGUCAUCAAGCACUUUAGAGGAUCUGAACUACAAAACUACUUCACCAAGAUUCUUGAGGAUGACCUCAAGGCUGUUGUCAAGCCCCAAUACGUUGAUCAGAUCCCCAAGGCUAUUCGCGGACCUGAGAAGUCCGUCAAGGCAUUGAUCACCGGAAGAGCUGCAUUGGACAACGCCGAGACAGUAUUGGAAGUCCUCGAGCUGAACCAUCUUCUGGAUCGUGAUGUCGGGCAAUUAUCUGGUGGAGAACUUCAACGCUUUGCCAUCGGAACUGUUUGUGUCCAGGACGCCGACGUCUACAUGUUCGACGAGCCAUCGUCAUAUCUCGAUGUCAAGCAACGUCUCGCAGCUGCCCGAAUCAUUCGCUCCCUGGUCAAGUCCAACAACUACGUAAUUGUCGUCGAGCACGAUUUGUCAGUCCUCGAUUAUCUGUCUGACUAUGUAUGCGUGCUCUAUGGAAAACCCGCCGUGUACGGUGUUGUUACCCUUCCCCACUCUGUGAGGGAAGGUAUCAACAUCUUCUUGGACGGUCACAUCCCCACAGAGAACUUGCGAUUCCGUGAGGAAUCCUUGACCUUCCGUAUCUCCGAAGGUGCUGAAGACUAUAUGGCCAACAAAGAUCGCGGUUUCACCUACCCCAAGAUGCAGAAGACGCUUGGUAACUUCAACCUCAGCAUCGAUUCUGGAGAUUUCACCGACUCUGAAAUUAUCGUCAUGAUGGGAGAGAACGGAACUGGCAAGACCACUUUCUGUAAGCUGCUGGCUGGUGCCUUGAAGCCCAAUGGCACCCAGAAGGUCCCGGAGAUGAAGAUUAGCAUGAAGCCGCAGACCAUCACCCCCAAGUUCGAGGGUAGCGUCCGCCAGCUUUUCUUCAAGAAGAUCCGAACUUCCUUCCUGUCGCCUCAGUUCCAGACCGAUGUUGUUAAGCCCUUGAAGCUGGACGACUUCAUUGACCAAGAGGUAACUUUUCACCGCCGAAACUCGUACUUGCUCUGGGUCUCCCUGCUAAUAUCUACCUUAGGUAAAAAACCUCUCUGGUGGUGAAUUGCAGCGUGUCGCUAUCGUGCUUGCGCUGGGUCUCC